AUGGGGAAGAACGCAGCAGCGGGACCGCAGUCACCAGCCGGGAUUAUUAAACUCCCCCGCGAUUCUGCACGCGGCUUCGUGCAGCUCCCGUUUCCUGGGGUAACCACGCGGGCCUGGCAGACUCACAGCCGAGCAGGGACAGACAGGAUGCCGACUCAGGCAGCAUCAGGUGGGGCAGAAUAUCGAGGAAGCUACAAGAAGUCAGAGUGCAAGUGGCUUCCCGUGACUUACCGCGGGCGCUCCUUCUGCCUCCCCUCCUCCUGCCUAUUAGACUUCUCCUCGCUGGCUGGGCCCACACUGGAGAUGCAGGAAAGGUGCUUUGAACUUCGCCGGGCUCCUGGUAAACCCUCAGUCCACGUUAGCGCCGGUCAUUUGAAAACCCCGGAAGUGAGAGAAAGCACGUACUACCUUCAGCCUAGGCGGCGCAGGCAGCCGCGACCCCAGGAAGCCGAGGAGGUGAGGACGCACAGGGCUACCUGCCUUCAGCAGCGGCCGUCUCCUGCUACGACCAGGAGUGGCCUGUCGGCCUCUCAUUCCUCUGAAGACGAUAAACCAUCUUCCCAAAGUGAUUUAAGCCAAACAAUCUCAAAGAACACUGUCGGGGGCACACAAGAGGCUCCAGUGGUGAGUGAAGAUCUUGUCAUCCGCUUAUGUCAGCCCUGGCUUACGAAACCCAAGAAUGAAGCCACCAGUGUCCAACAGAAGGUCAGUUUCUCUGAAGAAGAAACUGAAGAAGAUGAUCAAGACGGCUCUCACAGCAGGGCCCCUGCUGCUGGAGCCAGAUCCAGGGAUUCUGAUGAAUCCGGAGAUCAAACCAGCAGAUCAUCUAGUCAAUAUACAGAAUCAUUCUGGCAGUCAUCACAAAGUCAAAACUUCACAGCUCAUGAUAAGCAACCUUCAGCGCUGAGCUCAGGAUAUCAUAAUACUCCUCAGAAAGGGACCCAACAAACUGCAAGAAUAGGGACGGGGAUGCAAAAUGACAGCAUUCAGAAAUCAGAGCUUGGAAACCAGUCACCAUCACCCUCCAGGUGCCAAGUGACUGAACAACCUCAAAAUGCUUCUUUUGCCGGGAGGAACUGGUGGUGGCUACUUCCUCUGACAGCUGCUCUCCCUCUGGGGUUUUUGCUCUUCAGUACUGCUGAGGUAGAAACCACUGCUGUUCAAGAGGUCCAGAACCAGAUAAAUCAACUUAAGAAUAAAUACCAAGGUCAAGAUGCAAAGCUGUGGAAAAGGAGCCAA